UGCAAAGCUCUCUUUCAGCACCACAUUGAAGUGAAUCAUUAUUUAAAAUUCUGUCAGCUUUCUUAACCUCCAGCUUUCAGACACAUACAAGGUGAUCAGAAAUACAAGAGUGUGGAUGAUCUUGGUCUUGGUCUCCAGUGACACAUCAUUACACUUUGUAUUUUUUAAUCCAUUGCAGUCUCCAUUGAGAUUAAUGACUGAACCAAGGUAUACCAAUCCUUCACUAUUUCAUUGUCAGCAUUAAAGUUGUGCAGUUCUUCUGUGGUCAUGAUUUUUGUCUUCUUAACAUCCAAGUGCAGUUGUGCUUCGACACUUGCUUCCUUCACCUUCCCCAACAGUCAUCUCAAAUCAUUGCUGCCUUCUGCCCUUAAGAUGGAGUCCUCUGCGUAUCUUGAAAGAUGGAGAAAAGCACAAUUUUUGCCAUCCACUCUUGAGUUUUCACCAGAGUGAAUCAUCUGGGGUCGUCAGCCAACCAGGCCACCUCAUUUUUCACCCCUGCACCACAUCAUUUAUAAACAAGCUACAUACCACCAUUCUCAAAAAUGCAGAUGCUUGGAGGAACUCCACUGUCCAUUUAUUCCUCUCUACCUCUGCCUGCUUCCUCAAGAUUCGAGCGCAAGGACAAACAGCAAGCAGAUGUCACUUUCGGUCAGUGGCUGACAUGGAUUUCAAGAAGAAAAUAAAACAAACAUACAGAACACUUCUCAGGGUCAGCGUAGCACUGUAAACCUGUCCAGGAUGCCCUGUUAAGAUACCUGCCCUGGUCCUCCUCACUGGCACCCCUCCGGCGCGGUGACGAGGUGUGCGGCUGCACUGCGCUUUUAAACGCUUCAUUUAGUCGUUCAGGGGGAAAAAUGAAUUUUUGUCCUUUCUCUCGUCUCUUUUUGGGAGGAAUGAGGGUGGGAGAGGCACGUUCGGACUAGCACUGGCUUCAUCGCGGGUUGUUUUUUUUUUUAACGUUUCUCGCUUUUGCCUCGGAAAGACAGUAAUGUGACGGGAGCUGGACAUGAUUACCCAUACCUUCCCUUCCAGCUCUGCGGUUCUAAGAUGAGGAUCAUGUCACGUCACACAUCCACGCGGAAGCCGGACGUCUGCGAAGCUACCAGUCUAUGUUCCACAGAAGUUUUUUUGUUGUCCUUUUUUAAAAAGCGGCAAACUUCCGCUUCCGGGGUUUUCCGGUUGGCGUUUCCGCCGUGGUCAGGAUGAGUGGAGGAGGAAAAAUCCGAGAGGGCUCCGCCGGAGCUGGAGAAGGUGCUGCUGCUAUCUUGCUGCGGUACCUCCAGGAGCAGAACCGGCCUCACAGUGCUCAGGAUGCUUUUGGCAACUUACAACGAGAGCAUGGCCUUGGCAAGACGGCUGUAGUGAAGGCGCUAGAACAGCUAGCUCAGCAAGGGAAGAUCAAAGAAAAGGUGUAUGGAAAGCAAAAAAUCUAUUUUCCAGAUCAGGAACGCUUUGGUAGUGUAAGUGACUCAGAGCUCAAAGGCCUGGACAAUGAGAUUUCAGAACUCUCUUGCAAAGUGCAGACUCUGCAGCAGAACUGUCGUCAUAUGGAGUCAGAACUCAAAGAACUGAAGGGCUCUAUGACAACUCCAGAGAUGGUUAAGGAGAUUGAAGACUUGAAAAAAGAUUGUGCUAACUACACAGAGAAACUGGAGCGAAUUAAAUCUGCUGCUAAUCAUAUCACCCCUGAGGAGAAAGAAAAGGUAUAUAAUGAGAAGAAGCUGUAUUGCAGGGAAUGGCGCCGCCGGAAGAGAAUGGCAACAGAACUACUUGAUGCAAUCCUGGAAGGCUACCCUAAAAGCAAGAAGCAGUUCUUCGAAGAAGUUGGCAUUGAAACAGAUGAAGAUUUCAAUGUUACUUUACCUACCAGCUGAAUCAAGGGUUCAUCUGAUUUAAGAUAUAUUUGCCCACUUAGCACUCGUUUUAGUUCUCUGUAUUCCACUUCGCUGUUAAUUUUUGAAAGUAAGUUGCAUUCCAUGGGGAUAAGCAGACCCUGCCUACUGCACUAUUGUUACUUUCUUCUGGCUCCUCUUCCCAGGUCUGUCAGGUUGCCAUUUUGUUUUUAAAGUUCUUAGCCUCACUACACAGGAUUACCAAUAAGCAUUUGUCAAUGCCGUUGGGGCUGGGAGAAGGGGAUACAAAGUAAAUACUUGAAUUAUUCUGACUUUAUCAUAUUCUUUGUGUAACUGGACUGCGUAACUCUACAGAAGGCACGUCAUGCCCAUUAAAUCAACCCUACUCAGUUGUA